CGGGUUUCCGUCAACUAUCCGCAGCGUGAUGCCAAGUCGACGGAGCUCGUCAUCGCUGCGUGGAGGUCCCGGCCCAAGUAAGCGAGGUACACGUGGAGCUGCCUCGGGGCUUUGUCCCAUGAUGGCAAGGCCAGCAGCACGGGCCGCACUGCCACGUGUUGCCCCGCAGCCCACACACUCGUGGACCGGGACCAGCCACCGGCACCUGCGCCUCCGUGUGCUUCCGCAAGGCUGGCCCAAAUGUUUCCGACCAAUUUCUCGACUCGGAUUUUGUGCUUCGUAAUUCCACCUUUUAUUGUUUUGGUCUGGGGGUAGAUUUCUCAGGGGGCCCUCUGUGCCGAGGAUCGUCAUAUUAGCUCUAAUAGACCUCGAGGAGCUGGAAGGAAUAAUGCCACGCGACGCCCGUUACAAGGACAAAGCUUGGAGCUCAAAUUUCGUGCGGGUGCUGCUCCUGACGCGCGAUCUUGAAAUGUCAUAGCUUCCUUCUCCAGAAUAGCGAUCACAAACUUGCGCGUACUCUCUCGGAAAUUUUCGAUCGACGAAAGUGUUGGUGGAUUGGUUUCGUGCUUUUUUUUUUGGGUGACAGUAUUCUGAUCGUCGCCUGCCUGACCUCGAGCGCCAUAAGAGAAUCUAGAAAGAAUUGGAGAUUUUUCAGUCGGGGGCGGAGAAUGAUGGCAGCGUCCAGAUUAUGGUAGGAGUGUUGACGAGUGGGAGGCGAAGUCGAUGUUGGGUUUGAAAGAGAGAGCCGAGAAGUACGUGGUCAAAAAUUUGCGACCAUGGCUUGUUCGCGAUGUUUCACCGGAGGUUCAAAUCAGCACCUCGGGCGUGACUUUGCGGCUGCGAAAUCUCGAAUUCGACGUGGAAGCUCUGAAUGGAGCUGCUAUGCAGUCUUCUCCCUUGUUGAUAAAGGAGGCGGUGAAAGUGGAAGAAAUGGAGUUCAUAUUUGCACCUUUCCGAAUGCCAGUGUUGUCCAUUCUCGUACAGGGCUUGCAUCUUGUGCUGCAACCUAGGUCCACCGAAGAUGAUUGGUGGGAGAAAAAAAGGGAGAAAACCGCGGAACAGGAAAUCACUGCUGCUCUUGAGGGCCUCGAUCCGCAGGGAAGUAGUGCCCAUGCCGCUGCGGAAACUCUUGCAGGGGGGAAGACUGAAAAUAAAUUGAUCACUAGAUUUCUGGCAAGUCUGGCGUUAUCUUGUGUCAAGUUUGAAUUCCGAGACUGCUCAGUAAAAGUGGUGGCCUAUGCUCAUGACAAACUUCAGCAUUUUUGUCAUAUUCCAUUAGGAAGCUUUGUAUUUGGCAAGGAACAGGACUCUGGAUUUGCGAGCUCAGGUGGUUUGGCUGUUGCCGUUGCCAAAGCCUCCAGCAGUGUAUGGAAGGGCAAUGCUAUGAUAACUACAAGUAGCUGUUCUAUCAGGCGGUUGGGGCUACAGGUAGAUGCACAGACAACUGAACAAGUGCAGCAGCAGUCAACUCCUGCUGGAAGGGAAGGUAGUGAAACCAAUGCGGACGCUGUGGCCUCAGAGACCGAGGAAAUAAUAGAGGACUACCUUUCAGCACAGAGUUCGUCAGAAAAUGGAGGGAUGUCUGUAGUCGCAUUACCAGAACUUUCUUCGAGAGAGAGAAGCAAAUUUGUGGUAAUUUUUGAAGAAGUUGAUCUGAGAUUCAGUAUGCAAGAGCUCAAAGUGGACUCCCUGGAGCUUGAAACGCAAGAAGCAGCGGUCGGGUUGGACUUUGAGGAGAUGACAGCUUUUCAAAUUUUGAUGGGACAGGUCAAGGGCCCUGCCCCACCGCUUUCAAGCGAGGGUCGUCAGAAGGAUGAAGAAUCCGGGAGUGAAAUGAAGUCUUUAGACAAUGCAAGAAGCCAGAGGAGUCCCCUGGAAUUAUGGAAGCGAGGAAUUCAAAAGGCUGUAGAGCUUUCUUCCCGACGUCGCCUUAAGUCCACGAUCAGAGCUGGAGUUUCUCGAAGGAGGUAUUCAAACCUCUAUGAAAAUUGGCUUCUUGAACUGGGCUGGGGGCAGAAGAAAGAUGCUGAUGUCGAAAAGGUAAGAAGUAAGAAGCAGUUGGACCGUAUCGAUAAGCUCUCCAAAGAUCUGUGCGCACUCCAGAAAGAUUUACCCCUUGAAGCUAUAGCUUUGGGAAGGCGUAUUGCUCGGCGUCGUGUUACAGCUGCUCUGCAUUCCAAGGACCUUCUUGAAAGAAGUAACAGCACAAGCAUUACGUCGGUGCAAACCAGUAAGAUGUACUCAUCCUUCCAAACUUUCUUGAAUGCCGUGUGGAACUGGAUGUCCAUUGCGAGCAUUGCUAUUGAGGGAAAAGCAAAUGGUAUUUCUGGAUCGAUUACAGCUGCUUGGCGACUGAUCAAGAACAAAUGGAGAGGAAAACCUGCUUCGGAGAGUGAAGCUUUAAGCGAUGCAGCUGCCGAAGCUCAGUCCGAAGCAAGCGUAAGUUCAAAAUAUUCCAAGAGCGAUGUUCGAGACCGGGAGGUACAAAGAGAUGUCGACAAGUAUUUUCAACUGAGCUCGGAUCAAGAAGAGGGCGAGAUUCGAUCUUCUAAGAAGAAAUGGGCCAUGACAUAUGCUGUUACCAUAGGGAAAGGUUCGAUCGUAUUUGCAAGUGGAGCAAUCGGAUCUGUUCGGAAAAAGGGAGAAGAUGGACCUCAAUCAGAUGGAGGCCUGUCAAUCGAGAGUGCUUUUAUUCCUGCUCUCCACUUCACUUGGGAAAAUUUACUGGUCGCGUAUGGUUCGACUGCAAGUGCUACAGGGUCAAGUAUCACUUGCGGCAGCUUACAGAUAGAACUUCUCUCGAUCCUCCCUUCUCAGCUACCCGAAGAACUCACAAAGGGUCUGGAUGAUCGAGCGUUUGACAAGGAUUUCGUUUCGUUCGGAAGAUGGGCAGCGAAUGCAGGUGAUAGAGCACUUUUGGUCUCAAGUCGUCCUUGUCCACAAAAGAUUGACAGAUAUGGGCACAACGCGCAUAGUCUUCCACUUGCUGAUGGAAUGUACGCUAAGCACUGGAACUGGCAAGAUCGUCUACUAAAAGUGUGGGCUGAGUGUAGAGCACCGUUAAAGGAUGAACAGGCAUCGAAAGGACGGAGCAGUGGUGACAGGAGACCAUUUUUUAUUGCAGAGUUCAACAGCUUAGACGAUGAUCCCAUCACGGAGGAUUGUCCUGGUAGUGUAAUCAAGUGUUCCUUAGCGAUGGGUCAGUUAGACUGUUCGUUAAAGGGUUCUUAUCUGAGUCGUAUUCGUCUUCUGCUUGAUCAACUUAUGGUAUCACAAAAACGUAAUACCAGCAACUCAGUACAACAGAAAAUGCAUCAUCAAACCAAUAGCCGGACUGCUUUAACUUUGGAGGAGUUCUGUGAUGAAUUGUAUAAGGUUAAUCUGGUUAAGAGUCGCGAAGCCAUGGUUUCAGCUGUUCCGGGCAAAAGCGUACUUUUUACGGCAGUAGUUGAUGGUCCGAAAGUUAGGCUUUCAGCGUCAGCAAAUGAGCUUUUUGACUUUCAAAACCAGGAUGAGCAAGAGGCAGAUCGAAAUGUGUCACGCUAUGAUUCCAGCUUGGGAGCAACUAUUGUCGUCGAUCUCGGAAGGUUGGAAAUUGCUAUGUGGCCACCUCAAAAGUUACAAGUGGAAUCUACUUCUUCAACGACUGUUGAGGAUUCCGGAAGAUUUUCUAGUCGAUGGAUGCAAUCUAUGGAAAACAAAGCCUGGCUCAAGAAGCCUCCUGUACCAAGCGUCUCUGAAGAUUUUGGGGAGGGGACAUACUGGGAACACGAACAAGUUGCAAACAAUCUCUACUUGUCAUCGACAGGUGUCGCUCUAGAUCUGGAGAUGCGGAGGGAGACAUUGAAGAAGCUUUCGAUGGUUGGACCCUUGGGAUUUGUCAUCGAGACCUCGUUUUGCUGGGAUCAGUUCAGUUCUCUUUUCAGCACAAGCAAGUCCGUCUGUGCAUCUGUGAACCUAAACAUCCCUUCACUAAGCGUACAAUCAUAUAUUAAUGAGGUGUCGAUCAUGCUACAGGUUCUUGCAUUUUACAGCGAGUCCUUAAAACCAAAUUACCGUCCAGAUUCUACGUUGAUUAUCAAGAAAGUUAGGAACUCCCCGAGGUUUAACGUUUUCCAUUCGGAGGAACUUAAUCCAACGGUUGAGACGACUGAAGAAGACACGGGAACUGAAGGAUCUGUUGAUUACGGCGAAAUUGCUUUAAGCACUGCUUUCGCCCUUUCCUUCUCUUUACAAGUUGGAAACUUCAAAAUGGUUCUGGGCGAUGGAAGACUGGAGGAUGGUACAAGUGGAGGAGCUAGUGGGGUGAGAAAAGAUGAGGGAUUGAGGUAUGAACCACGUGAGGAGAGGCUCGCCCUCGUGGAUAGAGAUGUUGACACAUUCACCACGUGGGAACAGAAGCUCAUGGGAGCUAACAUGGGUAGGGAAGCAUAUGUUUCGUUUGGAAACUUUCUCGUCGAAUCAUCAAUGGGAGAUGGUGUACAGCUGUAUGUAUUUUCUGCUCUAAACAAUGCUGCCGUGCGGUUGGUUGAUUGUAGUAUAGUAAGCAACAAAAGAGAUCUGAAUGAGAUAAGAAAGCAGUUUUUAAGUGAUUCCGAAAGUGACAGGAUUUCUGCAGUAACACUGACUGAAGUUUCUGUCGCCAACACUUCAGUAAAAGUUUUUGGUCCAAAUUACUUUGAACUUACUGAGGUUGAUGCAGAAAGUGUUAGUCUAGACAGAAGUAACACAGGUUUUGCAAGAGCUGAACCUCACAACAACGAGAUGAUAGGGGACACGGAAGGAGGAGACGAAUUAGUUUCGCCGACUACACUUAGAGAUAAUGAUUUGGAUCCUAAUCAAAAUUCCAAGCGUGAGUUAAAUGGUGUAGUGGGGCUAGAGUCCAUGGAAACUCUUCCUUCAGUUGAUCAAGAAGAAGCUCAUCAACAACAGAGUCCUCACCAGGUCGACGAUAGUGAUGCUCUGGUUACCUCAGAAGUUGGAACACAGUGGCUGGUUGUGAGUGUCGAAGUGGACAAAGUGUUGUUAACGGAUGGUUCAUUGGAUGUUUUGAUUGCCAAAGUGGCUAAGGUGGCGACAGGUUCAGAUGUUCUGCACAUGGACUUGAAAGUUGACAGGAGCUUCGAAAAUAUUUCGCUCAUCACAGAGGGUGGUUUGGUGCUUCUUCACACUGCAGCUGUGGCCACCUUGAUGCAUUUUGGCGGGGACAUUCACGAGCUGGUGAAGAAAGCAGGAAUUCUUUUUACUUCACGUGAAACCAAGAGUGAGUCAUAUAGAGAUGAUGAGUUCGAUAUGGCAGAUGAGCCAAGCUGGCAGACGUCCUCCUUAUCAAAAAGCUUUCGAUCGUCAUCUCUACCACCACCCACGGGGAACAAAGCGAAGAAGUUUAAGAGGACCUUAUCGGCUCCUCCUAGAUCUAGAGUUCCCUUGGGGGGCUCCACAAAGAGCGUAUCACCAACGUUUGGAGGGCUUGUCUCUUCCCAGAUUUCAGGCUUUUCCAUCGUUCUGGCUAGACACAGUUCUACAGAUGAAGUACCUGAAGAAGGAGUAUUGUUUGAGUUGGAGAUAUCUUCUCUGAUUGAAGUCGACGAGAGUGCCAAGAAAGCCUCGGUGGAUCUUAGAAGGUUUACAAUUCUCGGUCUUCAAGCUCGAGUUCCUGGAAAUUCGCAGAAGAAACCAGGAAGAUUGGGUUCUCGAGCUCCACAAUUCGGUUCAAGCUUUAGGAAAGCUGGAAGUAGUGGAAGUGCUGGCGAGGGGACCUUCUCAUCACAAGAUCUAUCGAAGAAGUUACAAAGAGGAGGGAGCUCUGGUUUGCUAGAAGAAACGGAUUCAGGCGACCUUGAACUGCUAAGUCGGUCAGAUAUCCGCGGAAUGGUGGACGAGGAAGCCCAGAAAUUCGGAAAAGCACUCUCAGAAUUUAAUUCCUUCAUCUUGGAGAACCUUUCUGUUUCUUGUGCAGUUGAAAGAGUCGCUGACACAGAUAAAGUUUGGAAGUGGAGUAAUGCUUGGAAAGGUCACUGUUCCAUUGAUGGCUUAAAUGUUGCAAUCACUACCUCAGAAAUUCAGUUGGUAGAAUCCCUUGUCAGUCCUUUGUCCAACCUAACGGGAUCUAAGGGAAGCUCUGCGGCGGAAAUUGCUACGAAUGCUUUACUAGAAGGGACCAAUGAAAGUCCUGAUGAAUAUGACGUUGAUAUUCCUGAUGGUUCUAUAAUUGCGAUUAAAGACGUUCACGAGCACUGCUAUCUUGCUGCUGAAGAAGUAGGUACAAGUAAAGGAAACUUUCGUUUGGUGGGAGUUCUGCAUUACACGCUUGCCGGAGACAAGGCUCUUUUCAAGGUGAAAUAUCAAGAUUCUUCCAAGACAACAAGGUCCAAGACAGCAUGGUUCUCCCUUUUAUCUCUACAUGCCAAGAAUUCUGAGGGGGAUCCUCUCCGAGUUCAUUACCGCCCUGGUUCUGGGUUGGUAGACGUCUCCAGUACAAAUGAUGGGUCUAGGGAGCAAUGGCAGUUUCUAAAGACAGAGUCCUCAGAAGAAGAAGGAGAAGAGCAGGGGGAUUUUGAUAUACGGAACUCUUCAUCAAGGCGUGUGUUUCACCUUGUAAACCAAAAAAGCAAGACCGGAAUUGCCUUUGAGGACAAUGUUCCCCUCUUAGUAAAACAGCCUGGAAAUCCCUUCAAAAUAAAAGUCGUUUCGAAACCGACUCAGUCUGAUACGAACCCAGAGGAAGCGAAGGCUCUGACACAAAAGGACGAGACGCCUCUGCAAACUCCACCGCUGGAUGAUCAUGAAGCUGUACGCUUGGUAACGUCCAUCCCUCAUGUAUUGUGCAAAUUCGAAACGUUUGUACUAACGGUGCUUCAUGAAGCUGCUGGAGGGUUACAUCUUCUUCCCUUACUACGAGUCCGAGUGCCUGGUACCGAGGGAGUGAUACAAGCUGGUGUGACGAAAUCAAGGACAAUACUUCAAUGCGGAAUAGUCUUGGAGUAUUACGAAAUGCAGACUACUUUAUGGGUGCCUGUCAUAAAUCCAAUCGAAACCGAUAUCUUUUAUCGGGCAAGAAGUGUCAAGCACGCUGUGAUGGCUACAAACAGUAAAAAGACUCCCGUGGCGCUGUUUACAAGACUCCGAAAGGUGGAAUUUGUGGUCAGUGAGCCCUCGCUAGAUGCCUGCCUGUUCUUGAUUGGAGCUCUGGACUUAGCUGGCCCAUUCACAAUGAAGCAUUCUCCUGUGCAAGCAAAUCGCUGCUUGGUGGAGAAUCACACUGGAGUGGAUUUGCUAUGCCGUUUCAAUCAAGGACCCUCUAACUUGUCUGGAGCAGCUGAAUCUGGCAAAUCGGAAGGAAUGGACCAGGUCGAUGGUAUGAUAGCUGCUUGGCAUAGCGAUUCUUUCUUGAUGAGGCACAUGACUUCUCGAAGAGAUACUAGUUCCGCAAAGGUUGCUUCUACUUUAGAGCUAAAGCUGCAAAAGGAUGGAGGAUAUAUGUCUUCAACUCUGUUUGUGACGCUUGGAGAGCCUGGAGUUAUUGCAACUAGGACUCGGCUAUAUGACGUCGACGGACAGAGAUCAGCCCCAGGACCGAUAGUUGUCGUGGACGUCACACGAAGAAGUCAGGACGGUAUAUAUCUCACAGUCUCACCCAUGAUCCGGAUUCGAAAUGCUAGCGGUCUGCUAUUGGAGCUCAGAUGUCGACGAGAUAAACAAGGCGAAGAAGGUGCAGUGGUGCAGCUGGAGGAUGGAGAUGUGAUCGAUGACUCAAUGGGAGCUUUUGAUGCCUUGAACCUUAGGGGUGAACUGAAGAAAGCACUGACAUCUCUCAACCUUGGAAACUAUCUUUUGUCUAUAAGGCCAACUGAAGCUAUCCAAUCAGCAGAUAAUGGGGACUCAGACGUCAAAGUAACCGUAGAAUCUAACCACGAAUGGUCCGAUGACGUGAAAGGGGCAAAACUUGUGAAAGCAGCCGGGCUUUUUGACAAAUUACAGUAUAGUUUUCAAAAAUCAAUGAAAGUCCGCAACGUUGACUCGUCAUUUGGGGUGGUCUAUUGUGCUUUAAAGCCUCGCUUAACGGGAAAACCUAGCGAACACAUAGAGAAAAAAGGUUAUCACUUCAUGAUCAGAACAACUUGUAGAAAGGUACCUAUUUCAAGGCCAAAAUCAUCUAAGGAGUUAGAGCAAGAACCGCGGGGUAAAUAUACUUUUGUCGCCUGGCAAGAACAACAGGAGAUAUUAUUGCUUCCAACUGUUCGUGUUAUAAACCUUCUGACUUCGAGUAUCACAAUUACACUGACGUUGAUACCUGAAGGUGAUAAGAGAAGAGGAGAUUUUACUGGAGAUGAAUCGCUAUCUAAGGCAACGGUCGAAAGCGGAGAGACGGCACGCUUUUACAUUCAGCUUGGUGAUCUCUUCCUAACAAUCAAGCAUGAAGGCCUUGGUCUUUCGACCAAGCCCAUCUGCUUAGGAGUAGGGAACAAGGAGAUCUCUCGAAAGGGCGAGAUCUUGAAGGAUCUGGAGUUGUUUCUAGACUUCGGAGAUGGUAUUCAUAAUGCUCUUGUCGCGGUCAGUAGAGGAGAAGAUGGAGUAUUGGAGGCUGCUGUCUUGACCAGAUAUAUACUUCACAAUGACAGCCAUGUUCCAUUACUUUGCUGUCCUUCUAAGCACAAAUCAUCGAGGCGAUGGGGAGGGCUCCGAGCAGCGAAUGAGCUCGAGUGGCCUGAUUCAGGAAAAGUGACUACCAUAGCACCGUAUUCGAGAGCUUCUUGGUUUGACAGAUCCACAAAGCUUCUUGUGAAGAGAACAGACCCCGAAGCCGAACCUGCAAUUCUUGAUGUUGAGUCUCUAUCAGGAUCGACGGAGAUAAGUUUGAAAGUACAAGGUCAAGACAGUGUGUUGAACAGAAUUCAGUUGGGUGUUCACAUGCAACUACCAGAUGCUGGGGAUACUAAUUCAUCCUGUGUUAUAAGACUUGUACCACGAUAUAUUGUGGCUAACGAGUCAGGCGAAGCCAUUCUAGUCUGUCAAGAUGGAUUUCAGGAUGAUGCAGAGGCUAUGGUUUCUUUGGCUCCUGGUGAGCGGGCUGCAUUACAUGCACAGGUGUUGCCAAGUAAAGAAGCAGCGCAAGCGGGAGGAAAAUCAGAGGCAGGACCAGAGGUGCUUCUCACGGUACGGUUUCGCCCGAAGGAGACAGGAUGGAAUUGGUCGGGUCCUGUGUGUGCCGCUGCGUUGGGUUCUUUCUCAGUGAAGAUCAGACGUCCACAAUCAGAAGACUUCGCAGUACAGAUGCCUCGAAAGGAAGAGCUAUGGUUUGCUAUGGCAGAUGUUAAAGAGGAAGCUUCAUCCUUAAUUACAGCUUUCCGGAAGCAGGCUGCUGACGCCAUACCAUAUCACAUAGAGAAUGUACUGCGAUCAACCUCUAUUACCUACAGUCAGGAGGGGUUGAAUGAAUCUGAACUUUUACAAUCAGGCGCAUCCGUGGGGUACGUGUGGGACGACCUUGGCCUGCCUCACAAACUCACUGUCAAAGUUUCCGGUACUCCUCUUUCUCAUGAUGUCAACCUUGACAAGCUGAGAAGCUGGAAGUCUUUUAGGGCAGUAAGACGUAAAAAAGGUCUCCUGCAAAUCCCGUUUCUGAAUGAACUGUCAAAUAUGGCCCUAUAUGGAGACGAUGCAAACAACAAUUUACCCAGCGAGAGCAGCUUGCCACCUGUGGGUUACGAAGUAUAUGCAGAUGGUCCUACCCGUGUUCUUCGUAUCUGUGAGGAGAGAGACAGCAAAACGGAUAGACGCUGGCAAUCAAACAUAUCGAGUCCUAAGAAGGAGAUUGAGAUCCGAAUGCCAGUUUUUACUAUGAGUAUAGUGGAACCUCUGAAACAGACAGCUGACACUGAACAAGGUGAACGAGAUUCUCCAACUCCAAUUUCAUACGUGCCCAUCAUCACUCUCCGAUUGACGAACGUUUUGAUAGAAGCGUUAGUCCCGCCUGAGUACACGCUAUGUCAACUUAAAACAGAGCGACUCGAUAUAGACGUCAGAUGGCAGGGCGCUCCCGUGGCUGCAAUGCUAAGAGGACAUGGUCAAGAUCGUUUCAGUAAAGGUCACACAGUGUUUCACAUGGCUGUCGUUAUGUCCAACCUAGCCAGGAAUCCCAUUCAACUUAAAUACGCGUCCAUACUACUGCAGGCAAUUGAUCUCAAUCUUGACGAAGAUACUUUGAUGAAACUCGCACCGUUUUACCGGUCUUCUCUUUCUGAUUCAACAGCUCCAAGUCGCAGAAUCUACUUUGAACGGUUUGAGAUACAUCCAAUCAAGAUUGUCGGAAGCUUCCUUCCUGGUAAUCCAAGAGCCGAUUAUUCAUCAGGGCAGGAAACUCUUCGAGGACUGCUGCAUUCAGUUAUCAAGAUACCGGCUGUACGUGGAACGACUGUGGAGCUCAACGGGGUGCUACUCUCUCAUGCUCUCCUCACUUUCAAGCAGCUGGCACUGAAGUGUGCACAACAUUAUUCCUGGUAUUCCAUGCGAGCAAUAUAUAUAGCUAGAGGAAGUAAGCUUUUACCUCCUGGAUUUGCUUCGCUGUUUGACGACUCAGCCGCAUCAUCCCUCGACGUUUUCUUUGACCCAUCAAGCGGGUCUGUUGAUCUUCAAGGCUUGACACUAGGCAUGUUUGGGGUGUUAAGUAGAGGUUUGCGCAAACAGGGAAAAGGAGGCACGCAACGUUAUCUGGGAGACCUUGAGAAAUCUGUCAAGGCAGCCGGAUCGAACCUGGUUUUUGCGGUCAUAACUGAAGUAUCAGACAGUGUACUCAAAGGUGCAGAUGCCAACGGUUUUGAUGGCGUGGUAACUGGGUUCAGACGAGGCAUAGUCAACGUGGCAAUGAAGCCAUCAGUCCUUCGAAGCGCCGUAGUGCAGGGAGGCGCAACGAGAAGAAUUAAGUUAGACCGUAUAGUGGGCGCAGAUGAGGCCUAUAUCGAAGGUUACCUACAGGCAAUGCUAGAUGCUCUAUUUAAACAAAACUAUCUUAGGGUGAAAGUAAUAGAUGACCAGUUUUGCGUGAUGUUACGCUCGUUGGUUUGUGAAGGUUAUACUAAAAAAUCUUCCACCGAAUACAACUCUGAUGGAGGAGAUUAUGAGCUGUGUAAAGAACUUCCUUAUCGGAGAGGGUCUUCUCGCAGGGGAGACUUCAGUGGCUGCUCUUAGUUCGCUAAGGCGACUUCGAGGAGAAAAUGAAAGACGAAUCGGUCCGACAGUGCUGGCACUUUGCGAGCAGCUGCUCGUAAUUAUUGUGGUGAGAUCGUUGCGACGGCAAACCAUACGGGUUCUCCAUCAAAACAAUGUGCACAUCAUAGGAGAAGACCCGCCCUCGAAACCAGAAUCGUCAACCACCUUUGAAGAAAACAAACCGAAGGAAGAGCCAGGCAAGGAAGGAUUUUUCAGUGGCAUAAACUACAAGCGUGCAGUCACCAGCUUCUUUUUAUCUAGCGCCCUUGCUUACGCAGACGGCAGAAUAUGUCGCCACAUUCCGAACCCUCUGAUUCGCCGAAUAGUCAGUGGGUUCCUCCUCAGCUUUGUCGAGUAGUUAUGAAACCUUCAUGAAGUACAACUUCAGAGUCAUCCAGCAACGUACGAACUUCGACCAAAAGCUGCCCGAAGUUGUAACUUGUUAGCUCAGUCAGUCUGAAUCAAAACAAUUUUGCCAAGCUCAUCCUUUCCCGUCGUGAAGAUCUUUUGAGUUGUACACAUACUUUCGGAAACUGUAUAUACGGUAGACACACCUGGGCGGCAGCCUUAUUCAUUCGACACUGGUGAACUGUCCCAGCAGGAACACAGAGUGUAGGAGCUAGUGAAUCGACCAUAUUGGUCCUGCGUUUAGGCGUGUUCACGUGUGGGUCUUCUGGCGUGCACGUUGUACACUUAGAAGUGCUGGCGUGUGUUACAGGAAUCCUCUCAACAUUUCUUGUUGUCAAGAAUGAAUUCUAUGUCGAUCUGGACCCCUGACUCGACGAAGCUGGUUUCAAAAGUGGCAACACAGUUUUAGGAGAUUGUAUUUGCCCGAAUUAGAAUCGUUUGUGUACUUUAAAUUGUUAAUUAUAUUUACUGGCAAGUUGAUGGUGGGUCCCUACAUCAAGCCAAUUACUAGUAAAGCCAGACUUCGU